UUGGACAGGCAGGCAAUAUGGCUCUCAUUGGAGAGAGAGAAGGCAGGUCCGAUCAGCAAAUAUCAUUUGCUUCUCAGUGGAUAGGACUGAGAAGAAGGAUGUCUAAGCUUCUUCUCCCUACGGCCCGUCUGACGUCACUUCACAUCCGCUCCUUCACAGUCCGCCCACCCGCCGUUCACGUCUCUCCAUUUCCACUUAGCAGUCCUCUCCCGAGACAUUUCUCUACAUACACCCGCCGGUGCUUCUCUGUUUCCGCCAAAGGUGCGAAAAACGGCGAUGUGUUGUCAUCCACGAAAGAUGAGCUGAAGAAUACUGAGGUUAACUCCGACGGGGGUCCUACUGUAUCUUCCGGUGAGGAACAGUACCCUAGUGGUGAAUUUCACUUUGAAGAGUACGGGCGGUGGAAGCGUUUCGUUGUGAUGCUUAGAUUGCUAUUUGUGCUUCCAUGGCAGCGCGUGAGGAAAGGCAGUGUUUUGACCAUUAAGUUGCGGGGUCAGAUAUCUGAUCAGUUACAGAGCCGUUUUUCUUCACGGUUAUCUUUGCCUCAAAUUUGUGAAAACUUCACAAAAGCUGCUUAUGAUCCUCGGAUCUCUGGUAUCUACCUGCAUAUUGAACCACUCGCAUGUGGCUGGGGAAAAGUUGAAGAAAUCAGGAGGCAUGUCUUGGAUUUUAGAAAAUCAGGAAAAUUUGUUGUGGGUUUCACGCCUGCUUGCGGUGAGAAAGAGUAUUAUAUUGGUUGUGCAUGUGAGGAGCUUUAUGCCCCUCCAAGUGCUUAUUUUGCUUUAUAUGGUCUCUCUGUCCAAGCAUCAUUCCUGGGAGGUGUCCUUGAAAAAGUUGGGAUUCAGCCACAAGUUGAGAGGAUUGGUAAAUACAAGAGUGCUGGUGAUCAGUUAAUACGCAAAAGCAUAUCAGAGGAAAACCGUGAGAUGCUAAUUGCCUUGCUUGAUAACAUCUAUGAAAAUUGGCUUGAUAAAGUCUCUGUUACCAAAGGGAAGAAAAGAGAGGAUGUUGAAAAUUUUAUUAAUGAAGGAGUCUACCAAGUUGAGAGGCUAAAAGAAGAUGGCUGGAUAACGGGUAUAAAGUAUGAUGAUGAGGUUAUGUCUAUGUUGAAAGAGCGUUUGGAAACUCCAAAGGAUAAGAGUCUUCCUACAGUGGAUUAUAGGAAAUACUCUCGAGUCAAGACACGGACUCUGGGCCUUGCAGGCUAUAAAGAUCAGAUUGCUCUAAUUCGGGCCUCUGGAAGCAUUAGUCGUAUUCGUGGCCCUUUUAGCGUGCCUAGUUCAAGCAUUAUAGCAGAGCAGUUCAUUGAAAAUAUUCGUAGUGUUAGAGAGUCAAAGAAGUACAAGGCUGUUGUCAUUCGAAUUGAUAGCCCUGGGGGUGAUGCACUUGCAUCUGACCUAAUGUGGAGGGAGAUCAGACUUUUGGCAGAGACUAAACCUGUAAUUGCAUCCAUGGCUGAUGUGGCAGCUAGCGGUGGAUACUAUAUGGCCAUGGGCGCAAAGGCUAUUGUGGCAGAAAACCUUACAUUGACUGGCUCGAUUGGAGUUGUGACAGGAAAGUUUAACCUUAAGAGUUUAUAUGAUAAGAUUGGCUUCAACAAAGAAAUUAUAUCAAGAGGUAGAUUUGCAGAGCUUACUGCUGCUGAUCAGCGACCAUUCAGUUCUGAUGAAGCAGAAUUAUUUCAGAAAUCUGCACAGAAUGCAUACGAACGAUUCCGAGACAAGGCAGCGUUUUCAAGAUCAAUGAAUGUAGACAAAAUGGAAGAGGUUGCACAAGGGAGGGUUUGGACGGGUAAGGAUGCUGUCAAACGUGGCCUUAUUGAUGCAAUCGGUGGCAUUUCUCGUGCGAUCGCAAUAGCAAAGCAAAAGGCCAACAUACCCCAGGAAAGACAGGUUGAUGUUGUUGAGAUGUCAAGGCCUUCUCCAUCAUUGCCAGAGAUAUUGAGUGGGGUAGGAAACAGUAUAGCUGGAGCGGACAGGAGCAUAAAAGCAUUGCUGAGCGAGAUGGCGGCAGCAUCGUCCGACGGAUUCCAAGCCCGCAUGGACGGAAUCUUGUUUGAGAGAUGGGAAGAAGCUUCUGCUGCUCAUGGAAAUCCAUUGCUCAUGUUGAUCAAAGAUUGCCUCUCUUCUUUCUAAAUAUGUUCUAGUUAACAUCUAUCAUUUGUCAAAAUAUUUGUCAAUUUAUCUCUCGCUUCACGUUUCUGUAGCAGCAGACCUCUAACACCCCCACCCAUCACAAGUUGUCCACCUACAUCAAAGCGCCAAACGGCUGCAAUCAAGCAUCUCAAACGAUUAACUCUGUGUAAUUAAGCUUUGGUUAACUCAUAGAUAAUUUUACAAAAAUCAAAUUUCAAGAAAAUUGUGAACUAGAGUUAAAAGUAUCAAGGUAAAUAAUGAU